UCUUAAGUUCCACAACUCCAUCACAACAAACAAGAUACCAUAUCACUAUGGCAACAGGAGACAGACAGCUGCACAUGGUUACACCAACAAUACAGAGUAUGCCCAUAAGUAAGAUCACAGGCUACAAUGUAUACCUGAAACUAGAAAACCUGCAGAUACCUGGCUCUUUCAAGAUCAGAGGUAUUGGAAAUUUGAUAAAAAAGGCCUCCCAACAUGGCUGUAAGAAGAUUGUUUGUGCAUCAGGAGGUAACGCUGGACUAGCAGCAGCUUAUGCAGCUAAAACACUCGGUGUUCCUGCUACAAUUGUACUGCCUCAGAGUACACCAGGAUUUGUGGCAGACAAACUCAGAGAUGAGUAUGGAGCAGAAGUUAAGAUUCAUGGAAAAGUUUGGGAUGAAAGCAACAAACAUGCCACAGAAUUGGCAAAAGAUUCAGAUUGCCUGUAUGUACAUCCAUUCGAUCACCCGGAUAUAUGGGAAGGACAUUCCACUAUGAUAGAUGAGGCUGCCCAGCAGUUGCCAUGUAAACCAGAUGUUGUCAUAGUGUCUGUUGGUGGAGGGGGACUACUCAAUGGUGUACUGCUUGGAAUGCAGAAAGUAGGCUGGAGUGAUGUCCCCUGUGUUGCUAUGGAAACAGUUGGAGCAGACUGUCUAAAUGCCUCGCUACAGGCUGGGAAACUCGUUACACUACCAGACAUAACUAGUGUAGCUAAAUGUCUCGGAGCUCUCACACCUGCUUCAAAAACUCUAGAACUCACACAGUUGCAUGAGAAGUUCCAGUCCGUCCUCGUAGAAGAUAAAGAUGCAGUCUCUGCCUGUCUCAAGUUUGCUGAUGACCACAGAUUCCUCGUGGAGCCAGCAUGUGGUGCCAGCCUAGCAGCUGUGUAUGGAAGUGUUAUAAAGGACUUACAAUCUAGCGGGAAAUUAGGAACCAUUAAGUCAGCCUUGGUCAUUGUUUGUGGCGGUAGUUCUGUGACACUGAAACAGCUAGAAACGUGGAGAGAAAUGUUUAAAUUGUGAAACAUUGACAGUGUUUGACUUUAAGAUAAUCAUCAUCAAUUUUAAAUAUCUUGCCUUUUUUCAAGAAGAAUUUACAAAAGACGAAAAACUUUUAAGAUUUAUUUUAUAUUUAAGACAUAAAAAGUGGAAGUUUUGUCAGUUUUGGUAUCAGUAAAUAGUCUUUUUGUCAUUUUUUUUUCUAAAAACACAGGAUCAAAAUUAUAUUUUUCUGUGCAUCUUAAUAAGGCAAUUCUGAAGUUUAUAGUUUCUCAGGAAAAGACCAACAAUAUAGUCACGAAUGUCCAGUAAUGAAAUCACUUUCUCAGGAAAAGACCAACAAUGUCAUUACUAAUGUCCUGUAAUGAAAUUACUUUCUGAGGAAAAGACCAACAAUAUAAUCACAAAUGUCCUGUAAUGAAAUUACGUUCUCAGGAAAAGACCAACAAUAUAAUCACAAAUAUCCUGUAAUGAAAUUACGUUCUCAGGAAAAGACCAACAAUAUAAUCACUAAUAUCCUGUAAUGAAAUUACGUUCUCAGGAAAAGACCAACAAUAUAAUCACUAAUAUCCUGUAAUGAAAUUACUUUCUCAGGUUAAGUUCAUAUUGUACACAAAUAAAUCCCAAAUACACAUGAAUGCACCAAUUUGAAAGAAACUUGUCUUUUUUUAAAGAAAUUAUUUAGUGAAUAUUUUUCUGGAAAUAAUUUUGGAGUAAAAUGUUAAAUUCAUGCCAUAAUUUUGUACAAAUUUAAAGAUAUCCAGCCAAUCUUUCACCGAAAUAUUUCAUCUUAAGAUAUUUACUUCAGAUUUGUUUAACUUCACUAAGUAUACAAACUAAUUAUGUAGAGCUACAGUCAUAAUUAAAUGCCACACAGAAACAGCCAAUUGUCAGAAAACUUUCAGUUUGUUUUAAACACGUUUUGAAAAAAUACUGAUGUAUUAUGGAAUGGCAAUGUCCAUCCGUCAAUAUUUUCCGUUUCUGGGCUCUUAAGUCACAAAGUAUAAUAGUUACAGCACUCAGAUUUUACAGGAUAACUGAGAAAAAUUUGAGAAGGACCGGUUUAGCUUUUGGGAUUAAAAAGUCAAAGGUCAGGUCAGUUUGACCUGGAGACUGAAAAUUGUUUAUGGACUAUCAAUCAUGAAGUAUAAAUAAUAAUAAUGACUAUGUUUUUCAAACUUAAAACAUGGACUUAGUGCUACAGGAGGAAAAUCCUUGUUGCAUUUUGCUUUAUUGGCUCAAAGGUCAAGGUCACAUGGACCUGAUUUAAUUUCUGGGUAUUUCUUUCAUUUCCAGGUUUUAAGUCAAAAAGUAUAGUAACAACAGCUGUCACACUUUACUUGAUAACUUAGCACUAUUUCAAGAGGAUCUCUUUUUUUUGAAGGAUCAAUCUACUUAUGAUUAGGUCAAAGUAACCAGGAGUCUGAAAAUGGUUUCUGGACCAUAGGUCAUAAAGUAUGUUAGCUAAAUUCUCUAAAUUUACACUUCAAUUUCUGACUGUAGAGCUCGGAAACUAAAUAUUGACCAGAAAUUAAGUCAGGUCCCAGUGACCUUGGUCUCCUAAAAUAGAUAGGGUUCUCGUAAUUGAAGUGUAAAUUUUGAAACUGUAGCUAUUAAAACAUACUUUAGAAUUCUGAGUUGAUGUUAUGAUGUUAGUUAAAUGGACUUAAGUUUCUUCAGCUGUUAGUCCAGAAAUUGAUAGUGUGUUGCAGUAAUGUAUUAAAAAAGUGUGAAUUGAAGUGUUUUACUUACUACAUAAUCAGGUAUUUUGUGUUGUUUGUUGUCUGAUUUACACCAGUUCAGAUGAGUAGGAAUUAAAUAGGAAGUGUGUCAGCUCCAAUGGUUAAAUAUUCAAUAACAUUUAACCAUGGUAAAUCACCUGGUAAAUCACAAGAUGGCCUUGUUUAAAUUCAUUCUAAAAUGCUCAUUAAAGCAUAAUGAUAGAAAUCACGCUGAUCUUUUAUUUGAUUAGUAAUAAACUGAAAUUUAUGUAGCUGUCAGACAUUGUAAUUGAUACUGUAAUGUUCUCUAACCAGUCCAUGGAUCAAAGGUUGUUUAUUGCAGAAUAUAGAAUGAUUGACCUCUUUCUUUGUUUAACUGACAAACAUAUGGAGCAAUGUUACAAUGGUGUUUAUUGUUUUUGUGCUUGUGAAUUUUUCAUUUGCCAGUUGAAAAGCAUGGCAUAUUUUGGAAUGGCAUUGUCGUCCUUUUAUCUGCCUGACAGCCAACAUUUUCUGUUUUCGGAUUCUAAACCAGGAAGUGUAUGGCUAUAGCUUUCAAACUUUACGCAACAACUUAGCACUACUUAAGGAGGAUCCUUUUUGUUUUUUAUUAAUAGAUCAAAGCUAAAGGUCAUAGUGACCUGCAAUUCCAGACCCUAAGGCAUAAAGGAUAACAUCUACUGCUUUCAGACUAAUACAGUGACUAAGUUCUACUAGAGGAAGAUCCUGAUCGAUUAUGGGGUCAGUAGUUUAAGGUAAAGCUAGCAGUAAUCAGGAGACGGAAAAUGAUUUCCGGACUCCGUCAUAAAGUAUAAUAGCUACAGCUUCCAAUCUUUACACAAUAACUAAGCACUAUUAGAGCCAGACCCAUACCGAUAUUGGAGUCGUUGACUCAUAGGUCAAGAUCACAGGGACCUUACUUCAUAUCUGUUAUUUAAUUUCCAGGCUCUGUAGUCGGAUGUGUUAUAGCUACGGCUUUCAAACACUUAAUCCAGUGACAAAGUACCUAUUGGGGAAGAUCCCUGUUGAUAUUGGGGAAGAGUUGUUUAAAGGUCAAGGUCACAUGGAUCCCCCACCAAUUAUUUUUAACUCAGUUCAGUUCUUGAUAUCGCAUCUAAGUAUUUCUCAACCACAUGCUGUACCCCACUUCCUGCAUACACACGUACUUUCACCUCUUUUCCCCAAUCUCUCCCUGCAUUUUUUUUAUCUCAACUAUUCGAAGAAUAGGGGAGCUAUCCUACUUGCCCUGGCGUCGGCGUUAGCGUGAGUGUCACACAAAUGUUAAAGUUUGUGUACCACCCCAAAUAUUUUCAAAGUCCAUUGAGAUAUUGCUUUCAUAUUUUGCAUACUUGUUUACCAUCAUGACCCCAUUCUGUAAACAGGAGCAGACAACUCUAUCAAGCAUUUUGACUGAAUUAUGGCCCCUUUUCGACUUAGAAUAUGCUUAUUGUAAUGUUAGUUUGUGUACCACCCCAAAUAUUUUCAAAGUCCAUUGAGAUAUUGCUUUCAUAAUUUGCAUACUUGUUUACCAUCAUGACCCCAGUCUGAAAACAGGAGCAGACAACUCUAUCAAGCAUUUUGACUGAAUUAUGGCUCCUUUUCGACUUAGAAUAUGCUUAUUGUAAUGUUAAAGUUUUACUCAUAGCUUAUAUUAUACUAUCGAGCACUGAGAAUAGUCGGGCGUGCUGUCAACUGUUUCAAAUCAUUUUCUUGUUGUUGUAUCUUAGCAUCCUCAUUCGCACCACCAACUUCACUGUACCAAACCUCCAGUCUCUCUAUCCCACUUCUUGCUUCUGUAUUUGCUACUUACAGUUCCAGUGUUCUGAUAAGUCUUUAUAUCCUGACCUUCCCCAGCCCCUGCCCACACCUCUGCCCUUGUAUUUUCAAUUUCUGUUCAGUUUCUUGAUUGUGUAUCUUAGUUUCCCUCAUUCACUGAGCAUUCAGUCCCCAAUCCCCAUACUUCUACUAAAAUUGUUGUUUUUACUGCCCUGUCCCCAUUCUCCUUGUAAAUGGGCCUAUUAUGCCCUGUUAGGUGGAGCUCUUGUUUUAUAUAUUAAAAUAAAUGUUUUGAACAUUGACUACUUCUGUUUAUCAGAGACAAAAUUAUUUUAACUGAUAACAUUGCUCAUUUCAUUUUGAUAUUUUAUUGAUUCAUUUUAUUAAGUUUUUAUCUUAUGAAUCACUUUUUUUGUUUAUGAUGUAUAUGCAUAUUUAUUGGGAGCAGCAAUUUUAGCAAGAAGUAUUAUGUGGUAAAUUUUUAAUGAAAUAUGCAACUAUCCUGAUAUUCCGAAAAUAAAUACAUUUUGACAAUA